AACGGGUUUUCAGGUUUUUGUUUUCUCUCUCUAAAACUGAUCUGAUGAUCGUACCUCCGCCGUACAAAGGAAACCGCCGUUAGUGUCGCCCCACCGGAACUCCCAAACCGCCGGAGAAAAUGACCGUCAUCCGGAAACGGAGAUUCAAGUCUUGCCGUUCUCUCUCCGCUGCUACCCACCAACCACUGAACAUCCUGCUCUUCCUUUUCGUUCCCACUUAGAUGCAUAGAUUUUAGAUUCCGAUCGUACCUUACCUUCUCUAUCAAAUGGAUUCGUGCUUAUUUCUAUAUCUCCUCACGGACGACCUCCUAGCACGAGUGCUUGAUUGUCUCUUCGAUGAUUCCGACCGCAAAUCCUUCCGUGCAACCUGCAAGUUUUUCCACCGUGUUGAAUCUAGUCACCGGACUCAUCUGAAGUUCUUACGACCCGAGUUCAUCCCGGGUCUCCUCCGAACUUACACCCGCGCCGACACGCUUGACUUCUCCGUCUGUCCUCGGAUCUACGACGGGACAAUCUCUGUGUUGCUCAACAACGUCAACUGUUAUGGAUGGGCACAAAGACUGAGGAGGGUGGUGCUGUCCAGGACGACGUCGUUUAGGUUUUCUGGGCUGGAGAUGCUGGUUGGGUCCUGCCCUGGGUUGCAGGCUGUGGAUGUGUCGCACUGUAUUCAGUUUGGCGACAGGGAGGCAGCAGCGCUGUCGUGUGCUGCGGAAUUGAGGGAGGUUAAGAUGGAUAAAUGUUUGAGAGUGACGGAUGUAGGGUUGGCUAAGAUCGCCGUUGGGUGUGAGAAAUUGGUGAAGAUCAGUUUGAAAUGGUGUUUGGAGAUAACUGAUUUGGGAAUUGAUCUCUUAUCAAAAAAGUGUCCCCAGUUGAAGCAUCUUUGCGUGUCGUACAUCAAGAUAAGUAAUGAGUCAUUAAGGUCAGUAAGUCGUUUGAAGAAGUUGGAGGCGUUGAUUAUGAUGGGAUGUGGAUUAGUGAGCGAUGAGGGAUUGCAUUUUCUUGGAAAUGGUUGUCAUUCACUACAGGUAUUAGAUGUAACGAGGUGUGAAAAUGUAAGUUCUGCUGGUCUGAUUAGUGUCAUUAGAGGAUGCAAAGGCCUUCAAAAGCUCAAUGUUGGUUACCAUUUUCUUGAGCUUCCCACCUCUGUUUUUCACAAUUUUACAGACUUGAAGCAUCUAAAAACAUUUAGGGUUCAUGGAGCUCAAAUUGCUGACUCUUUUUUCGAUAUUAUAAGCACUAAUUGCUUGCUUUUGGUUGAAGUUGGUUUGAGCAAAUGUGAAGGAGUAAAUGACACAGGCAUUGUUAAGCUUGUAUCUGGGCAUCCUAACUUGAACAUACUUGAUUUAACCUGCUGUGAUGACAUCACUGAUAUGGCAAUAUUAGCCAUAGCACAGUCAUGUAGAAAGCUUUCCUGCCUGAAAUUGGAGUCUUGCUCUUUGCUCACUGAAAAAAGUUUUAGCUAUCUUGGGUCAUCAUGUCCCUUACUUGAGGAGCUUGAUCUAACGGAAUGUAGUGUGAAUGACAAAGGACUUGAAUAUCUGUCUAAAUGCUUGGAGCUUCGGUGCUUAAAAUUAGGGAUUUGUACCGAUAUCUCAGAUAAGGGAUUGUCUUAUAUCGCUUCACAUUGCAAAAACCUUAAAGAACUUGAUUUAUACCGGUGUUCAAAUGUUGGUGAUGAUGGAUUAGGUUUUUUAGGCAGUGGUUGCAAAAAGAUUAGGAAGCUAAAUAUAUGUUACUGCAGUAAGAUUACAGACAAAGGGAUGGCUUAUUUAAGCCAAUUGGAGGAACUAUCUGACUUGGAGAUGCGUAGUAUUACCCAAGUCACAGGCACAGGUCUGACAGCUCUUGCAUCAGGAUGUAGGAAGCUUUCAGAAUUGGAUAUUAAACAUUGUGUAAACAUUACUGAUGCGGGGUUUUGGUCACUCGCAUACUACUCUUGGAAUUUGCAACAGAUAAACCUAAGCUACUGUGGGGUAUCUGAUGUGGGUUUGUGCAUGAUGAUGGGGAACUUGACACGCAUGCAGGAUGCAAAGCUUGUGAACUUGACAAACGUAUCAGCAAGAGGGUAUGAAGUGGCACUUAGGGCUUGUUGUGCUCGACUGAAAAAGGUUAAGAUGAUCAGGUCCCUUAGACCGCUUCUUUCCACAGAGAUAAUCGAGACUCUUGGAGCAAGUGGUUGUAGAAUCAGAUGGGAUUAAUUAAAUAGUUAGAGGAACUCAAAGUCAAAGACUUGUUUGUUCAUUCCAUGGAUGAUUGAGACCCCGAGUUUUCUUCUUGUUUUGGGGGUUUUAAAUGAGUGAGACUAAAAGAUAAUACUUGACUUGUUGCUUCAAGAGUCAAGACAUGGUUAGUAAUCUUUAUUCUCAAAAGGCGGGCCCACUUGUUAUUGUGAUCUACCAAAAUAAACUUUCUUAAUUUCCUAUACCCAAAAAAAUUACCAAUAUUACAUGUAUGUAUGUAUUAUGCCAUU